UGCAGAAUUUUUGUCACAAACAUUACAAAAUACUACAAAGCUCUUUCUCUGUCACGGACGCCGUUUACUAUGCAUUAGUAUCAAUCGGAUUUAAAGUGCCACCGGAUUGUAUGCGUCAUCAGCACACUUCUUUAUUGAACUGAUUACGAACAGCGUCGCGCAACCCAUCACUUUGUGCAGUGCUUAACGGCCGUCUUUAUCUAUUUGAAGAAGAGCUCAUGAACGGAGUGCAGCGGAAUGGUGUGGUAUUUCUGGCCGAACAGGAUGAUUCUUUUGGUCCUUUUAAACUUCUACUUCAUAAAAAAUUACAUUUCGAAAAGCCCGACGAGUCCGAACACUCUCUAGCAACUAAAAGUUACAGCGGCAUCAUUUACGGUACAAGCGGCGAAGUUACACCACUGAACAAUGUCUUCCGUCUUGGUUGCACUCAGCAACUUUGUCCUAUGCAGUUCACUUCGAUGGAGUCAGUUUCCGACUUGUUUCUUCUGACUUUUCGUGGAUCCAUUCUUCAUACAGGAUCAGUGUUUGUAGAAUAUGACAAGGACGAUAUAUCCAUUGUUAAGGGAGAAGAUAAUGGUUGUCUGACCGUCGUAUUGGCCGGGAGCUUGCAUGGUCAGUCCCUUUGGGUUGUUCUCUGUAACAUUUUCGCCUAA